UGUGGUUUGUGCGUUGCUGCUGGUGCUGAACUGCUGCGAUGUCCGGCCGGGGCAAGCAGGGCGGGAAGGCGCGCGCCAAGGCCAAGUCGCGCUCGUCGCGGGCCGGGCUGCAGUUCCCCGUGGGCCGCGUGCACCGGCUGCUGCGCAAGGGCAACUACGCGGAGCGCGUGGGCGCCGGCGCCCCGGUGUACCUGGCGGCCGUGCUGGAGUACCUGACGGCCGAGAUCCUGGAGCUGGCGGGCAACGCGGCCCGCGACAACAAGAAGACGCGCAUCAUUCCCCGCCACCUGCAGCUCGCCAUCCGCAACGACGAGGAGCUCAACAAGCUGCUGGGCAAGGUGACGAUCGCGCAGGGCGGCGUGCUGCCCAACAUCCAGGCCGUGCUGCUGCCCAAGAAGACCGACAGCCACAAGGCUAAAGCCAAGUGAGCGCCGAAGGACAAAGCCCGCGAAGUUUUGCUAAGAGAAACCCAAAGGCUCUUUUCAGAGCCACCCACAAAUUCAGAAAAAGAGCUUGAACUUCAUUGAAGUAGUAAAAGCCCAUAGGAGGGCUGACAAACGCUCAUCUUGGGCCUUUUAAUGUCAGUGGCCGGUGCAGUUCCUUA